AUGGGAAAUCAUCACUCUCUGAUAAAUUAUCAUGCACCUUUGAACUUUGCAUAAGAUCUAAGUGAAUAACUGAUUGAUUAAGGAAUGCUUCUUCAUCCAGGUUUAGGUUAAAUUUAGCUUUGGAAAAUAAAAGAAAUUAAUCAACCUAUGUUAUUUUCAUUUGUAAAAUUCUAAAUUACUAUUUAGCAUGUACAUAUAUAUGAAAAAGAUUCAUCAAUAAUUGAAAUACAUAAUUUUCGUAGUUCUCUUAACCAUCCUAAUCUAAUAGAGUAUUUUGCCUGUACAAGUUCCUAAGCCCUUAAUAUUGGUAUGGUUUAAUCAUAGUAAUUCUUUUUUGCAUAUCAUCAAAAAACUAUAAAAGAAUUCAUUUAAACUACCAAUUUGGUUGAAGUGUAAAUAUGGAAAGUAAUAAAAUUAAAAAAUUUCAUAGAUAAUUGAGUAAAUUGUAGAUGUUAUGGUUUAUUUGUAAAGAAAAAAUAGAUAUCAUGGAAAUAUCAAUUCAGAAUCAAUUUUCAUAACUGAUAAUUUUCAAAUCAAGUUAUUAGAUAAAAUUGGACAGAAACCAAACAGUCAAGCAAUAAAAUAAGAUGUACAUGACUUAGGAAUUCUUGCGAUAGAGCUUUUAACUAAAAAAAGUAAGCUUUGUUAAAUACUUUAGCAAAUUAAUUAAAUUUUAUUUCUUAAAUAAAAAAUUUACAUAAAAAAUUUACAUUAUAAUUGCUUUAAUUGGUUGCAAAAAUGAUAGAUGAAAACAUUGAUAAAAGACCUGAUUUUCUUUAAAUCUAGAAGAUGAUUUUAAACAGAUUAAAAGAACCAAUAUUUUUCAACAGUCAAGAAAGAAAAUAUGAUCCAUAUAAAUUAAGUGCAAGACUUUCUAAAUAAGAAAAUCAAAUGCCAUUUUCAGAUGAAAUUAAAUCAAAUUAAUGUAACUCACCUUUGUCUAAUUAAUUAUCUUGUUUUGGUGUCCCUUAAAUAAUACUUCGAUGCAACACAUCUCAGAAUCUAAAAGGUGAUUAAUCUAAAAAUCAAUCUCCUCAUUAAAUUUUAGGAAUUUAACCUUCACCUUAAAAAUAAUUAAUUUAAACUCCUUAAUAACCUACAACAGCUACUUAAAAAAAAUAUCGAAGUAUUUCUACAAUUAAUAUUUUAGUAUAAGGACAUGAUGAUAUAUAAGUUUAACCCUACAUUCUAGAUUUUAAUAUUGUAAAUUGA